UGUUGAGAAGGGUCAAGUGACCCUUGUGGGCCUUAAUUGGCUCCGCCGACAAUGAGUAAUCGUUUGCAUAAAUAGUUUGGUUUUGUAUGUCACCAAGGCACAAAACCCUUCUUGGCACAAAACUGUUCUUGGUGCCGGACGUACCCUUAGUAAAUAGUUUAAAUCUAUAAACACACCUUAAACAGUUUCAACUUCCUCACCACCCCAGCUCAUCUCUCUCUCUCUCUCUCUCUCUCUCUCUCUCUCUCUCUCUCUCUCUCUCUCGCUUGCUAAGACAAAUUAAAACUCCCCCAAUUACGUUGUAGCUUCCAGAUCAAUGGCAAAGUCAUCAUGCAGCCUCAUUCUUAUUCUCUCAUGUGUACUUGUGUUUGCCUUCAUGAACAACUCAUCAGCCGUAGCGUCCAGUGGUAUUAAUAAUUACCGUGUGGUCAACUUAGGAGCCAAACCAGAUGGCAAGACUGACUCAACCAAAGCCUUCCUUUCUGCAUGGGACAAAGCUUGUGCCUCCGUGAAGCCAGCUGUCGUUCACGUCCCGCGCGGGACGUUCUUGCUAGGCAAUGCCAUCUUCAGAGGGCCAUGCAACAACAAGGCCACCACCUUUCGCAUCUCCGAAGGCACCCUCGUUGCCCCAUCCGAUUACCGGGUCCUUGGAAAUGCUGGUAACUGGCUUUCGUUUCAGGAUGUGCACGGCCUCAACAUAUCUAGCUCGAACGGAAUUCUUGAUGGCCAAGGCACUGGUUUGUGGGAUUGCAAGGCCUCACCAGGCAAGAGUAAUUGCCCUACCGGAGCAAUCUCACUGGGUUUCGUCAACUCGAGCAACAUUGUGGUGAGUGGAUUGCUAUCCCGAAACAGCCAAUUGGUCCACAUAAUCAUCAGAGGUUGUCACAAUGUGAAUAUGCAUGGAAUUAGGGUUUCUGCCUCUGAAAAAAGCCCCAACACCGAUGGCAUCCACAUUCAAAUGUCAUCAGACAUCACCAUUUUGAACUCUGAUUUUUCAACCGGUGAUGAUUGUGUCUCAAUUGGCCCUGGCACCGUUAACUUGUGGAUCGAAAAGGUUACUUGUGGACCCGGCCAUGGAAUUAGCGUUGGAAGUCUAGGGUGGGAGAUGCAAGAGCCUGGUGUGCAAAAUGUAACAGUUAAAACUGCUACAUUUAAGAAUACCUUGAAUGGUGUCAGGAUUAAGUCUUGGAGUAGGCCUAGCACUGGAUUUGCUAGGCACAUUCUCUUCCAACACGCCGUAAUGGUCGAUGUCAAAAAUCCCAUCAUUAUUGAUCAAAACUACUGCCCUAACAACAAAGACUGCCCUCGUCAGGUUUCUGGAAUCGAAAUUACCGACGUGACGUACCAAGACAUCCAGGGUACAUCAGCAACUGAAGUUGCAGUGAAUUUCGAUUGUAGUUCCAAGAAUCCUUGUACGGGGAUUAGAUUGGAGGAUGUGAAGCUGACUUACCAGAACCAACCAUCUGAAGCUUCAUGUAGCCAUGCAGAUGGAACAGCUGCAGGUAUAGUUCAGCCUACAAGUUGUUUGUAGAGGAAUUGCGAUGGAAUGUAUCGCGUGAAGUAGGAAAUAUAAACCUUUGUCAUCUUAUAGGACCAAAAGAAUCAUAGUUAUACACAUUACUUAAGUUAUAAAAACAAUUUUAGGUCAACAAAUGAAGUAGAAUAAAAUCAUUUAUGUUAUCUCUGUUAAAUUUUAGAUUGUUUCCAACUAUAGCAAUUGCUUGUAUUGAAAGCCAUCCUUACCUUCUCAUAUUGUGCUAAGCUGACGUAUUUGAAUUAAAGGUGAUUAAUGACCA